AUGUCAGGCAACAUUUGCGACUUUGUAAAAACUUGCGAUUUACCAAAAAUCGACGUUCAUGCUCAUGUUUUACCGAAAAAUAUACCGGAUUGGCAGGAGAUUUUUGGUUAUCCCGGAUUUGUGAGACUCGAUCAUAAAGAGGAUGGAACAACGAAUAUGAUGAAAAAUGGCCAGCUUUUUAGGUGAGUUUUUAACCAAAAAUAAGGGUGUUUGGUGUCAUUUUACUCCAAAAAUUCCAGAAAAAUCGAUAAAAAUUGUUUCGACACUGAAACUCGAAUCCGGGAAAUGGAUAAAUCUGGAGUGAAUGUUCAAUGUUUGAGUACAGUGCCAGUUCUAUUCAAUUAUUGGGCAAAACCUGAGGACACCGAGAAAACCGCAAGAUUUAUCAAUGAUGAUUUGCUGGCCGAAUGCCAAAAAUUUCCGGAUAGGCUUAUUCCACUUGGCACAUUGCCAAUGAAUGAUAUCGUGAGAGCUAUUAAGGUUAGUUCUUUUUUUUGGGAUGCCUUAAAAUAA